ACUAACAUCAACUUACAAAGCCAUCCACAACUCUGCCCCCCGGCUACAUCACCAACCUGGUCUCAAAAUAUCAACCAAACCGCUCUCUUCGAUCCUCCCAAGACCUUCUGCUCUCUAGUUCCCGUGUCACCUCCUCCCAUUCUCGCCUCCAGGACUUCUCCCCGAGCUUCUCCCAGAAUACUCCCCUUUUUAACCAAUGAUACCACAAAGCUCCUAAUCCACUCCCGGGUUAUCGCUCACCUCGACUACUGCAACUCCCUCCUCAUUGGCUUACCUUUACAUAGGCUAUCCCCCCUUCAGUCCAUCCAACCGUUCAGUGGUUGCUACCCCUCUCUGCCAAUCCCUCCACUGACCUCCACUCAGUGUCCGCCACCCCUCUCUACCAAUCCCUCCACUGGCCUCCACUCAGUGUCCGCCACCCCUCUCUGCCAAUCCCUCCACUGGCCUCCACUCAGUGUCCUCCACCCCUCUCUGCCAAUCCCU